UCAGCACUCAGCAGCUGUGAUGCUGUAGAGUUCUUCUUUGUUAAUUUUUAGUAUCGUAUGUUGUGAGUAAAUAAAUCUUAAACAAUUAAUUAAAAAUAAAGUCAUCACUCAAUUUUAAGUGUAAAAUAAAAAUGUUCGAAAAGGAUUCUUUAAAAGUUGAAGAUGUUUUUAGUUUUUCCUAUAAUUCAUCUCCAGAAACGGUAAAUAGUCCAAAACAAAACAGAGAUCAAUGGCGCAAAGUCUUGGGCACAUUCGAACUGGUUAAGGAUAAAACUUUAGUGACCGCAGUCAAAUCUGGAAAAAAAUCUAUUCAAAACAAAAAAAAGUAUGAGCAAAAUAAAAAAGCUAGAAAUUUUGGAAAAAAAACCACACCUAACUUGACAAACACAACCAGCAAAUUAAAUUCUUCACAGUGUAAUAUAAUGGAUUCGGAAAUCGUUUGGUCUUCUUCAAACGAGGAGUCCGAUGGCUGUGUAGGUAUUGCAAUUUCAAGAUAUAAUUUAAAAAAUGAUCACCAUGAAAUUGACUUCACUUGUUCGUCUUCUAAUGAGUCUGAGAAUGAAGAAAAUAAAUCCCUAGCCCAGAAUCGGCGCGUUACGCACCGAGAACAAUAUUUAAAACGUACACUUCAGGAUUCUGAGAUCAAUUGGUCAUCUUCCAAUGAGUCUGAAACGGAAGGAAAUUCGAGCCAAAAAAUCCGUCCAAAUGAUGAUUCAUAUUGUGAACUGGACUCUUUCGUUAAUGAAAUAGAGAAGGAUCUCCGGCGAACAAAAAAGAUUAAGCAAAAAUGUACAACCAAAAAAGGUGGGUUUUCGGAAAGUUUUCGAAAAGCCAUCAACAAAGCAAAAGCUGAUACAGGGUUUUUAGACUAUGAGCAACGGACGGAAAUAAUUUGUGGUUCCAACGGAGUAAUUGUUGAAAGAGAAGAGUCUUAUGGAACAUGCCUUGCAAAAGUUCAAAUAGAAGGAUCUUCGAAUUGCUACAUUCUCUUGGGGAAAAAAAUGCUAUCAAGUAAUAAGGAAAGUGUUAUAGUAUGUUUCCUAGAUGAAUCACAUCGUUAUACAGUAAAUGAUAAAAAUGUGUAUGUACAGCCCAAUAAAGUGAUAAAAGCGCACAAAUAAAAUAAAUAAAUAAUAAAUAUUUUUGUUUGAAAUGAUCGAAAGUUA